GAACCUGGGCAGCGGCCGGGCUCUGUGGCUUCAGGGCUUGGAGAAAGAGAGAGGGAGGGUGGCAAAGAUAGUGGGUCGGUGUCGCCGCCUGUAUAAGGAGAGAGGAGGGGUCCCGCUUGCCUGCGGCCUUUGCGGGCCGAGAGUGCGAGGCACCGGCGAACCUCUGAGGCCUCCGGCCCCUGGGGACCCCGCCCCGCAGCCGGCCGGCCGGCCCGCGGCCUCUCUUCCCUUUGUGAGCGCCCCCUUCCCAGGGGUGGUGGUGGUGGCGGAGGGCUGUGCGUGGGCCCGCCCGCCGAGGGGUCGCGGCGGGGGACAAGAGGGCCUCGGCUGUGGGAGGACGGGAGGCGGCCGAGGCCCGGGCCGGUUCCCCCGAGGCGGCGGCGGCGGCGGCGGCGGCUCCCAGCACUUCCCCGCGCCAUCUUAGCUGAGCCCCAGCGCUGAGGGCGCCUCCUCGACCCCGGUCGUCCCCUCGCCCCCUCCCCCCCUGCCCCUUGUCGCAGAGCUUGGGCUGGGCGGCUUGCUGGGGCUCGGGGCGGGGGGGGCGGCGGGCGGUCGCCAAGCCCCCUCCUCCUCCUCACUCCUCGCCCUCCGGCGUAGCGGCUUCCCGAGCGCUGCAGGGGGCUGCGCCUGCCUACUCCGCCCAGACCUGUCGGCGAAAGGUUUAUGCCAUUGUGGCUUCAUUCAUACAGAUGAACCAGGGAUUGGGAUAGCAGUAUAAAAUUAGAAUCAGAGAACUGAUUGCCCAGCAGGAUGCCAUCAACUAACCGAGCGGGCAGCCUGAAGGACCCUGAAAUUGCAGAGCUAUUCUUCAAAGAAGAUCCAGAGAAGCUCUUCACAGAUCUCAGAGAAAUUGGCCAUGGAAGCUUCGGAGCAGUGUAUUUUGCACGAGAUGUGCGCACCAAUGAAGUGGUGGCUAUCAAGAAAAUGUCUUACAGUGGGAAGCAGUCUACUGAGAAAUGGCAGGAUAUUAUUAAGGAAGUCAAGUUUCUACAAAGAAUAAAACAUCCCAACAGUAUAGAAUACAAAGGCUGCUAUUUACGUGAGCACACAGCAUGGCUUGUAAUGGAAUAUUGUUUAGGAUCUGCUUCAGAUUUACUGGAAGUUCACAAAAAGCCAUUACAAGAAGUGGAAAUAGCAGCAAUUACACAUGGUGCUCUCCAGGGAUUAGCCUACUUACAUUCUCAUACCAUGAUCCAUAGAGAUAUCAAAGCAGGAAAUAUCCUUCUGACAGAACCAGGCCAGGUGAAACUUGCUGACUUUGGAUCAGCUUCCAUGGCAUCUCCUGCCAAUUCUUUUGUGGGAACGCCAUAUUGGAUGGCCCCAGAAGUAAUUUUAGCCAUGGAUGAAGGACAGUAUGAUGGCAAAGUAGAUGUAUGGUCUCUUGGAAUAACAUGUAUUGAACUAGCGGAAAGGAAGCCUCCUUUAUUUAAUAUGAAUGCAAUGAGUGCCUUAUAUCACAUAGCCCAAAAUGAAUCCCCUACACUACAGUCUAAUGAAUGGUCUGAUUAUUUUCGCAACUUUGUAGAUUCUUGCCUCCAGAAAAUCCCUCAAGAUCGCCCUACAUCAGAGGAACUUUUAAAGCACAUGUUUGUUCUUCGGGAGCGCCCUGAAACAGUGUUAAUAGAUCUCAUUCAAAGGACAAAGGAUGCAGUACGAGAGCUGGACAAUCUGCAGUAUCGAAAGAUGAAGAAACUCCUUUUCCAGGAGGCACAUAAUGGACCAGCAGUAGAAGCACAGGAAGAAGAAGAGGAACAAGAUCAUGGUGUUGGCCGGACAGGAACAGUGAAUAGUGUUGGAAGUAAUCAGUCUAUUCCCAGUAUGUCCAUCAGUGCCAGUAGCCAAAGUAGUAGUGUGAACAGUCUUCCAGAUGCCUCAGAUGACAAGAGUGAGCUAGAUAUGAUGGAGGGAGACCACACAGUGAUGUCUAAUAGUUCUGUCAUCCAUUUAAAACCUGAGGAAGAAAAUUACAGAGAAGAGGGAGAUCCUAGAACAAGAGCAUCAGAUCCACAAUCUCCUCCUCAAGUGUCUCGUCAUAAAUCACACUACCGUAAUCGGGAACACUUUGCCACUAUACGGACAGCAUCACUGGUUACAAGGCAAAUGCAAGAACAUGAGCAGGACUCUGAGCUUAGAGAACAGAUGUCUGGCUACAAGAGAAUGAGGCGGCAACAUCAAAAGCAACUAAUGACUCUGGAAAAUAAGCUAAAGGCUGAGAUGGAUGAACAUCGCCUCAGAUUAGACAAAGAUCUUGAAACUCAGCGUAACAAUUUUGCUGCAGAGAUGGAGAAACUUAUCAAAAAACAUCAGGCUGCUAUGGAAAAAGAGGCUAAAGUGAUGGCCAAUGAGGAGAAGAAAUUUCAGCAACAUAUUCAGGCCCAACAGAAGAAAGAAUUGAAUAGCUUUUUGGAGUCCCAGAAAAGAGAAUAUAAACUUCGAAAAGAACAGCUUAAGGAGGAACUGAAUGAAAACCAGAGCACCCCAAAAAAAGAAAAACAAGAGUGGCUUUCAAAGCAGAAGGAGAAUAUACAACAUUUCCAAGCAGAAGAAGAGGCUAAUCUUCUUCGACGACAGAGGCAAUACCUAGAGCUGGAGUGCCGUCGCUUCAAGAGAAGAAUGUUACUUGGACGCCAUAACUUGGAGCAGGACCUUGUCAGGGAGGAGUUAAAUAAAAGGCAGACUCAAAAGGACUUAGAGCAUGCCAUGCUACUGCGACAGCAUGAAUCCAUGCAAGAACUGGAGUUCCGUCACCUCAACACCAUACAGAAGAUGCGCUGUGAGUUGAUCAGACUGCAGCAUCAGACUGAGCUCACGAACCAGCUGGAAUAUAACAAACGAAGAGAACGAGAACUAAGGCGAAAGCAUGUCAUGGAGGUUCGACAACAGCCUAAGAGUCUGAAGUCUAAAGAACUCCAAAUAAAAAAACAGUUUCAGGAUACCUGCAAAAUCCAAACCAGACAGUACAAAGCAUUAAGAAAUCACCUACUGGAGACUACACCAAAGAGUGAGCACAAAGCUGUUCUCAAACGGCUCAAGGAGGAGCAGACCCGGAAGUUAGCCAUCUUGGCUGAGCAGUAUGACCACAGCAUUAAUGAAAUGCUCUCCACACAAGCUCUACGUUUGGAUGAAGCACAGGAAGCGGAGUGCCAGGUUUUGAAGAUGCAGCUGCAGCAGGAACUGGAGCUAUUGAAUGCGUACCAGAGCAAAAUCAAGAUGCAAGCCGAGGCCCAACAUGAUCGGGAGCUUCGAGAGCUUGAACAGAGGGUCUCCCUCCGUAGAGCACUCUUAGAACAAAAGAUUGAGGAAGAGAUGUUGGCUUUGCAGAAUGAACGCACGGAACGAAUAAGAAGCCUGUUGGAGCGCCAAGCCAGAGAAAUUGAAGCAUUUGACUCUGAGAGCAUGAGACUAGGUUUUAGUAACAUGGUCCUUUCCAAUCUUUCCCCUGAGGCAUUUAGCCACAGCUACCCGGGAGCUUCUGGUUGGUCUCACAAUCCUGCUGGGGGUCCAGGACCUCACUGGGGUCAUCCCAUGGGUGGCCCACCACAAGCUUGGGGCCAUCCGAUGCAAGGUGGACCCCAACCAUGGGGUCACCCUUCAGGGCCAAUGCAAGGGGUACCCCGAGGUAGCAGUAUGGGAGUCCGCAAUAGCCCUCAGGCUCUGAGGCGGACAGCUUCUGGGGGACGGACAGAGCAGGGAAUGAGCAGAAGCACGAGUGUCACUUCACAAAUAUCCAAUGGGUCACACAUGUCUUAUACAUAACUUAAUAAUUGAGAGUGGCAAUUCCGCUGGAACUGUCUGCCAAAAGAAACUGCCUACAGACAUCAUCACAGCAGCCUCCUCACUUGGGUACCACAGUGUGGACGCUGAGUGCAUAUGGUAUAUUUCAUUCAUUUUUGUAAAACAUUCUGUUUUGUGUUUACUAAUUGGGAUGUCAUAGUAUUUGGCUGCUGGGUUUUGUUUUGUUCUUUAACUUUGGGAAAAAUUUUGAAAGGGGGAAUUGUGUGUAUGUAAAAAGAAAUUGGCUAAAUUGGGGGUAUUUUUUGAACACUGCAAAAAUAGAAUGCAGCAUAGUGGCAGGAGUCAUCACUUUGGGGCACCUGUAUUCUAAGGAAUUUGUGAAAAGAUCUAAAGCCUUCCCCACAUCCCAGACUCUUAUGAGCCACUCACAGCAGGCAGGCAGCAUAUGCUGAACCAAGUGAUUAUGGAAACACGCCUGUAUCCCCUUACCAGUGUAUUUUCUUUAUUAAAUUGUUCCGACUUCUCAGCCUCAUUUGGAGUAAAAAAGUGGAAAUCCACGAACA